AUGGCCAUGCAACCACACAGCAAGAAAAGAGUGUGCUAUUACUACGACAGUGAUAUAGGCAAUUAUUAUUAUGGACAAGGGCAUCCUAUGAAACCACACCGCAUACGCAUGACACAUAAUUUAUUGCUCAAUUAUGGCCUAUACAGAAAAAUGGAAAUUUAUAGACCUCACAAAGCAACUGCUGAUGAGAUGACAAAGUUCCAUUCCGAUGACUAUAUACGUUUCCUUCGUUCAAUUAGACCUGACAAUAUGACUGAAUACAAUAAACAAAUGCAAAGAUUUAAUGUUGGGGAAGAUUGUCCUGUCUUCGAUGGCCUGUAUGAAUUCUGCCAGUUAUCAGCUGGAGGAUCAGUUGCUGCUGCCGUUAAGUUAAAUAAACAGGCAUCUGAAAUCUGCAUUAACUGGGGUGGUGGUCUUCACCAUGCUAAAAAAUCUGAAGCAUCAGGAUUUUGCUAUGUUAAUGAUAUUGUUCUUGGUAUCCUAGAACUGCUUAAGUAUCACCAAAGAGUACUUUACAUUGACAUAGAUGUACAUCAUGGUGAUGGUGUUGAAGAAGCAUUUUACACAACUGAUAGGGUUAUGACUGUGUCCUUCCACAAGUAUGGAGAAUAUUUCCCUGGGACAGGUGAUCUGCGAGACAUUGGCGCUGGAAAAGGUAAAUACUAUGCUGUAAAUAUCCCCCUGCGCGACGGCAUGGAUGAUGAAUCUUAUGAAUCAAUUUUUGUUCCCAUCAUUUCCAAAGUAAUGGAGACAUUCCAGCCAAGCGCAGUGGUACUACAGUGCGGCGCUGACUCACUUACAGGUGACAGACUGGGUUGCUUUAAUUUGACAGUGCGUGGUCAUGGACGUUGUGUAGAGUUAGUAAAAAGAUUUGGCCUACCAUUCCUUCUUGUUGGCGGCGGCGGAUACACAAUAAGAAAUGUUUCCCGUUGUUGGACAUAUGAGACAUCAGUGGCACUUGGUGUAGAAAUAGCAAAUGAGCUGCCUUACAAUGACUACUUUGAAUACUUUGGUCCCGAUUUUAAGCUCCAUAUAUCACCUAGCAACAUGUCAAAUCAGAACACACCAGAAUAUUUGGAAAAAAUAAAAAACAGGCUGUUUGAGAAUCUUCGCAUGUUGCCUCAUGCACCAGGUGUUCAGGUGCAAGCCAUUCCAGAAGAUGCUGUAAAUGAUGAAUCUGAGGAUGAAGAUAAGAUUGAUAAAGAUGAAAGGUUACCACAAAGUGAAAAGGACAAGCGCAUCACGGGCGAGGGCGAGCUGUCGGACUCGGAGGACGAGGGCGAGGGCGCGCGCCGCGACAACCGCUCGUACCGCGCGCCGCAGCGCAAGCGCCCGCGCCUCGACAAGGACCUCGCGCAGCACAAGGAUGACGCCAACAGCGAGGACACGAAGGAUGAUGUAAAAAGUGUCAGCAACAUGGAAGAACCAAAGAAAGAUGUACCACCUAAUGCCUGA